CAAUGCACCCAACACCCAGCUUCCCUUCCAGCUUCUUCUUUUUCUCUAAACUUCAGCAGCACAAAACAGAAGGGUGUAAGAUCAGCGCUGUGUGUCCGGUGCAGAGAAACACGGCAAGACUGAGCUGCAGGGAAAACACACACACACACACACACACACACACACACACACACACACACACACACACACGGAGAAAUAGCUGUUAAAAGCAGUGAGAGUUAGAUGAAGAGAGGAGGAGCAGGAGGAGGAUUCGAGUCAUCGAUACACAGAUGUGUGAGACUUUUCCGUGACAGAAACGUGUCAGACUCAGAGACGGCGGUGGAUCCAGCGCUCGCUCAUGAAGCUGCACUAAACAGAACAGAGAGAGAGAGAGAGAGAGAGAGAGAGAGAGAAAGACGGAGGAAGAAAGAGGAAGAGAAGGGUUGUGUCUUUCCGGCCUAGAUUAAUGCAAGUUUAACCUCAGAGCACAACCACAGCACGAACAAGGGAACAAACCGAGACUGAGAAAUGUGAUGAUUAUUAACUAAACACCAACGUGUUUCAAUCCCUGCUGAAGAAACGAAAGCUACAGAUUUUCAGGAUUUUCUGGAUCUCCUGAAGCUCAAGAUACGUGCAAGACCUGAAUCCAUCAUAUCUGAUCACGAUUUUAAAAAAAAAUCUCAAUAAAAAGAUCUUCACGGAGGUGCUGCAGUGAAACAAGAUGUACCUUCUUUUCAUCAUGCUGGUCUUCUUGCUGGCUCUCGGACCUGACGUCAAGCUCCUGAACAUGGUGGCGGCAGAUGCAGAGUCCAUGACCAUGCCGACGGACCGGACGACAACCUUCUUACAGGUGAAUAAAGGGAACGGUCUCACUGAGCCUGAGAAUGAAACCAUGAGUACCAGCAAUCCCGUUCAUGAGACAUUAACAGUGCAGACAACAGUGGUGCAAAUAUCAGAACACACGAUGAUGCUUCACUUCAGAGCUCCUGACCACUCCAGAGCCUACAGCCAUUUCUGUACCCAACACCAUUACGACACAUGGCCUCUCCACUCCGGCUGCCCUUCCCAAAUCCACAUCUCAGCCCAAGCAGGAGGAGGAGAUCGUUCUGACAAACAUCACCACCACUGAGCCUCCUCAGACCCCAUCACCAUCUCCAACCAUUCUAGAUCCACCAUUCAUCAGCACAAAACCACCAAAUUUUACACCUACACCUGCUUCUCUUGAGGACAUGGAGACUAAUGGCACCUCACCAACAACCACGCCCACCAUCACCACCAUUAUCACCACCACCAUCACCACCACCACCAUCCAGGAGCAGACCACGAUCAAGAACUUUGACACUGACACCACCACAACCCUUGAGGAAACAACAUCAACCACCACCAAUAGCUCUGGUAUAUCCGACAUCGAGAACAAUGGAAGCAGAGCAGGUUCCAAAAAGGGACCCAACUGGCUGAUCAUUGCUGUCAUAGUGUUGGUCAUUUUCUGCAUAUUGGCAACUCUUUGCAUCAUUGCUGUCAUCUUCAGACGCAGGAAGCAAAGUGGCAAGCAGGACUUCGGAUACAUGAACGGACAGAGAUCCAAGAAGAAGAAAGGUGCAGAGGACGAUGUCUGGGCGGGGCCUGUGAAAUUAGGAGGUGGGGAUUGUGCAGGUCCUGAGGAAGGUGACGUGAAAGGAGAGCAGAAGAAGCUGGACGAGGCGGAGAUGACGGCGCUCAGCACGUUUACAACUGUGGAGGAGAACGGAGGCGUGGGACGGCCAGGGUCGCCCGAGGUCGGGAAGUGGGAGGAGCAAGAACCGCUGCUGUUUAUCGACGAGGAAGGGAAGGAGAAAAGAAAGGAGGAGGGAAAGAGCGAUGAUGCAGAUGCUAAAGAAGGAGCAGGAAGGACAGAGGAGAAAGAGGCGGAGCCCAGUGGGGGAGAAUCGUUCUGUCUCACCACCGCUGUGUGAGAUCUCGAGUCACGCUUUCACAAACUGAUGACUUUAAAUGUUUCAGGUCGCUCUCAUGGAAAUAAAUUACAAUCAUUUAUUCCUUUAGAAUCAGUUAGAAUUAUAUUACAGUGUAAGUAAUGGUUUAUGAUGUCAAGUACAUUAUUUCAAAUUCUUUUUCACAUUUUCAUUCUACUUUUUUAGACAGAACUUGAAAAAAUGUAAAACCCCUGUACAAGCUGUAGGUCUGGGGCUUUUCAGUGUUUUCUGUUGACUUGUUUGUUUAUUUAGUACAGAACCGCGGGCUGCUCCGGACACGCCCCUCCUCUGAUAACAACUCUCAUUUUACUUUGUUUUUUAUUUGGGUAUUUACUUUAGUUUUUGAAAAUGAUAGAUUUAUUGAUAUAUAUUUUUCAACCUGCUGUAAACAGGGCGGAGGUGAGAGCCGCAUCACUCCAGGGCUGUGAUAUCAGGAAGACAAUCUGAUGUAAUUUAUGUGUUUAAUGUUCACUAAAUAGAGCCGUUUGAUCUGG